GGACUGUAUUCCUCAAAUCAGUACUUUACUUUUUUCUUUCUCCAUAGAUUCUUUGAGAGAUUCUUCGCAGAAUGUAAAUAUUCUCAACAAUAAACUUAUAUUCUUCGCUCAAAAUUCACACUCCAACUCUUCCGAAUUUGUUUCUUUAGCUCUUCCGAAUUCCGAAUUCUCAUAAAACUUGCAGAUUUGCGGCGGAAACAUCGAGAAUUCAACUAUGGAGGAUCCAGAAUUCUGGGAUUCCGAUUCAGAAUCGUUGAUCUUCGAGAAGGAUCGGCAUAUACUCUAUUUGGAGAUGAUGUAUCAGCUGCUGCCUGCGCCCUAUCAAGGGCAAGAGAUCAACCGCCUCACACUCGCCUACUUCAUCAUCUCCGGCCUCGACAUCUUCGGCGCUCUCGAUCGGAUUGACAAAGAUGCAGUAGUUAAUUGGGUUUUAUCGCUUCAAGCUCAUCCAAAGAAUGACAAAACAUUUGAAAAUGGCCAGUUUUAUGGAUUCCAUGGUUCCAGAAGCUCCCAGUUUCAAUCAAAUAAUAAUGGGGCUGCACAACUGAACGGCAGUCACCUAGCAAGCACAUAUUGUGCGCUGGCGAUACUAAAGACCGUUGGCUAUGAUUUAUGUCUUAUAAACUCUGAAUUGUUAUUGAAAUCAAUGAGAACUCUUCAACAGCCUAAUGGAUGUUUUAUGCCCAUUCAUACUGGAGGAGAAACAGAUCUCCGCUUUGUGUUCUGCGCAGCGGCCAUUUGUUCAAUGUUGAAGAACUGGACCGGCAUGGAUUGUGAAAAGGCUAAGGAAUUUAUUAGAAAUUGUCAGUCAUAUGACGGAGGGUUUGGAUUGAUUCCAGGUGCAGAAUCUCAUGGUGGUGCCACUUACUGUGCUGUUGCAUCUCUUAAACUGAUGGGGUUCAUAGAAGAAGACUUGCUAUCUAAAAAAGCAUCAUCUAAUGUCAUCAAUGUGCCGUUACUUCUGGAUUGGAGUUUGCAGAAGCAGGCACUAGAAGAUGGUGGCUUCCGAGGAAGAGCGAACAAGCCAACUGAUACGUGUUAUGCCUUUUGGGUUGGAGGAGUUCUAAGGAUUCUACAAGCUGAUAAAUUCAUAAACGAGGAAGCGUUGCGUGGAUUUUUGUUGACUUGUCAAUCUAAGUAUGGUGGUUUCAGUAAAUUCCCGCGUUUGUUGCCAGAUCUCUACCACUCCUAUUAUGGAUUUUGCGCAUUUAGCAUGUUGAAAGAACCCGGUCUCAACCCUAUAUGCGUUGAACUGGGUGUAACGGUUAUUGCUGCACUCGGACUUUGAGUGCUACACCGGCUGCUGUGGCACAAGAUCAGACCGGGUCAAGAAGAAUAUCGCGACCAGCACCAACAACACCACAACUACGUCUUUCUGCAAGAAAAUUACCCAGGUCUCGUGUUUCUUUUUCCUUUGUUUGGUUUAUACGCUCACGCGUUGUUGUUUUAAGUAACUUAUAAGCUUAGCCAAAAAGGUAUUACGCUCGGCAUCUCAAAUUUGUGAUGCCCAGAAAAAUUGGGGUGUUAAUUUUAUUAUAAA